AUGGAAGCGAAGAAAUUGGAUACGAAGUUGAAACAAUUAAAGCUUACUGUAGAUCGAACAGGUACGAUUGUCGAAUCGAAUCAACAAGAUGCAAUCGAGAGACAUUGUGCUACUAUCAAAUCUAUAACAAAUAGCAUAAACGAAAUGCGAGUAGCUGUCGAAGAGAUUAAAAUACAAGCCGAGACAGACAUUACGGAAAUUACAGCUUGGAACACGGAAAUCGACAAUAAACUAGCGGAGUCGGAUAAAGUCGUCGAAGAACUGAGAACAUGGCUUGAUCAGCGUCGAAAGGAGAAGGAUAACGUAGCGAGAGACGAACAAAUUCAAUUUGAAACAAUGCUUUUCAAAACAAGAAUGGAAUUCGAGACGAAGUUAGCAAGUGCGAAAGUGGAAACACUGACAAUAAAUAAAGAGGGGAAUUUGCAAGGUGAGUCGCAACAAAGUACAUUAGCUAAACUACCGAAGUUAGUUAUUUCAAAAUUUGGUGGAGAUUUUCAAGAUUGGCAAAGGUUCUGGGGACAGUUUACAGAAACAGUCGAUAAAACUAAUAUGCCCCCCAUCACGAAAUUUACCUUCCUCUGUGAGUUGCUUAACCCCAAAAUAAAGCAUGUUACUGAUUCAUUACCCUUACUACAGAGGGCUACAACAAGGCAAAAUCUAUCCUGAAAGAUCGCUAUGGGAAAGAAUCGGAAAUUAUUAAGUCGUAUGUCAAGGAUAUAAUGGAUUUGCCAUAUAUUCACGGUGCAAACCCCAAGAAAAUUCGAGAUUUUAGUGAGCGUCUUAACCAUUGUGUGCAAGCGCUGCAAACAAUGAACAGACUGAGUCAGGUUAACGGCAACGUCGCGAUGACGUUGGACAAACUCCCCGGGAUUAGGGGGGAUCUUGUUCGAACAGACCCUGACUGGGAGAGGUGGACCUUUGUCCAGUUAUCAGAGGCAGUUCGCCAGUGGGUCAAGAGGAACCCCGUGGACCAAAGUCGUACAGAUCGAGAUAAAGAUCGACAAAUCAAAUCCUUUCAUGCGAAGUCACGUGAAUGCGUUUAUUGCGGUGACGUAACUCAUAAAGCAGGGAACUGCACCAAGAUUACUAGUGUGACAGAACGGAAACAAAUUCUAGCAAGAAAACGAUUAUGCUUCAAUUGUGCGAUUGGAACCCAUCGUGCAGCUGAGUGUUCCAGCAAGGGAUCCUGUCAAAAUUGUGGAAAACGACACCACACUUCCAUCUGUGAUACAUCAAAAGUCGAAGGAAAGGAGCAAGUUAUGACUACAAACCAGUCGAGCUAA